GAGGAGAGGAGAGGAGGAGGAGGAGAGGAGGAGGCGGGAGAGCACCGCGCUCCUGGUCCGCCCCUGAGUUCAAGCACGAGCCAUUUAGCGGUACGAGCUGGGCCAGCUGUAGAGCGCGCGGGCGCGUGUACGUGCCCCCCUAGCUUCUCCUGCCCCCACGCGGAGAAAACCAUUACCAAAUACAGAGCCCGAGCGCACGCGGAGCGAUGGCAGCAGCAGCAGAUCUGGAUUGUGUUUACGACGCACAGCACGAGAACGGCACAACCUCGGGAGAAACGGACACCGCGCGCACCCGAUCUUUAAACGCACAGUACUUUGCGCGCUGCUAGUGAAGCCGCGAGGCUGCUCGCUACAUCAGCCCGUCUGACGGCUCCGUCCUUCGGCGAGGAUCAGCGCGCUCUCUCGCUCGGUUCAGCGUUGUUUUGGAGCGCAGCUGCGAGGAGAGCACAUCCAGCCGCGAGGAGAGCACAUCCAGCCGCGAGGAAAGCACAUCCAGCCGCGAGGAGAGCACAUCCAGCCGCGAGGAGAGCACAUCCAGGCGCGAUCACACAUGAGGAGCUCGAGCAAACCAUCUAGCAUCAAAAGAUCCCGUAUGCGCCGCUGAUUCUGGGAUCUAGAACGGUCCCCGUGCCCAUCCAGCGGCGCUGCGUGCACAUAGAGGGGGGAACCCGUGAGCAUCCCUCCAUCCCUCCAUCCCACCCAGUCUACCCUCUCUCUCUCUCUCUCUCUCUCUCUCUCUCUCUCUCUCUCUCGCUCUCUCUCUCUAUCUAUCUCUCUCUUCAUGCCAGAGCUCUAGAGGGGGGUCUCACCUAGUCUAGGGAGCAGGAGGGAGGAGGGAGGCUGUUCGUGGCCGCGGUAGACGCACCCUCCGCGGGGUGAGGCUGGGCUGAAGCGCCGCUGGGUCUUAGGAUGCUGCGGGAGUAGAGCGGCUCAGAGCGGAAGAUGGGGAAGGACCAGGAACUGCUGCAGGCGGUGAAGACCGAGGACCUGCUCACCGUGCAGAAGCUGCUGCAAAGGCCCCGGCCAGGGAAAGCAAAGCUCCUCGGUUCUGCAAAGAAAGUGAAUGUCAACUUCCAGGAUACAGAUGGGUUUUCUCCGCUGCAUCAUGCGGCGCUCAAUGGGAACCUGGAGCUCAUCACACUGCUGCUGGAGUCACAGGCUGCUGUCGACAUCAGAGACCAGAAAGGUAUGCGGCCGCUGCACUACGCAGCCUGGCAGGGGAAGGCGGAGCCUAUGAAGAUGCUGCUGAAAUCUGGUUCAUCUGUCAAUGGCCAAUCAGAUGAAGGACAGAUUCCUCUCCACCUGGCAGCGCAACACGGCCACUACGACGUGUCGGAGAUGCUGCUGCAGCACCAGUCCAACCCGUGUAUUGUGGACAACGCAGGGAAAACACCUCUGGACCUGGCCUGUGAGUUCGGCAGAGUUGGGGUGGUCCAGUUGUUGCUGUCCAGUAACAUGUGUGCUGCUUUGCUGGAGCCCAAAAAAGGAGACACUACCGACCCCAACGGGACGUCUCCUCUCCACCUGGCCGCCAAGAACGGACACAUAGACAUCAUCAGACUGUUGAUCCAGGCAGGCAUCGACAUCAACAGACAGACCAAAGCGGGCACUGCCCUGCAUGAAGCUGCCCUGUGUGGGAAGACCGAGGCAGUGAGACUCCUGCUGGAAAGUGGCAUCAAUGCCACAGUGAGAAACACCUACAGCCAAACUGCUCUCGACAUCGUUUACCAGUUCACUGCAACACAAGCCAGCCGAGAGAUCAAACAACUGCUGAGGGAUGCGUCAGCGGCCCUUCAGGUUCGGGCUCUGAAGGAUUACUGCAACAACUACGACCUGACCAGCCUCAACAUCAAAGCAGGAGACGUCAUUACGGUUCUGGAGCAGCACCCUGACGGACGCUGGAAAGGCUGUAUCCACGACAACCGAACAGGAAAUGACCGAGUGGGCUACUUCCCUUCUACCAUGGUGGAGGUCAUCAGCAAGCGCACAGGUUUGGCCAGCACAGUCAUUUGCACUCAACAGUUUCAAAAGAUACCGCUGGUUCCUCCGGCGACGGUUGCCCCUGCCAACGCGGUAGUCAACGGCAACGACACCACGUUCCAUCAGAUCCAUAUCCUGCCUCCACCGCCUCCUCCUCCACCACAUUCCCAUCAGCCACUGCUUCCACUUUUCACUUCCUUUGGCUAUAACAAGUCGCCCGUGACAACCCCACAGGGAGACACGCCCACUGCCCCAGGUUGUCGCGGCUCAGAGGCAAGUCCUCACAGCUCUCCCACCACGUCCAGCGGGCCCCAUGGAGGCUCCAACGAAGAGAUCUGGGUACUGCGCAAGCCCGUGGCAGGUGGCGACCGCAGCAGUGUUGGUAGUUCUGGCAGUGUGACCAGUGUGAGGUCAUCGGGCAGCGGUCAGAGUGCCGGCAGUGCCGGACACAUCCUCCAUGCACAGGCUGAGGGGGUUAAGCUCCUAGCCACAGUCUUGUCCCAGUCUGCCAAAGCCAAGGAGCAUCUACUUGAGCAGUCCAAGUCUGUGGACCAGCCUGCAGCAGGCUCCGCCAGCUCCUCUCGGACAUCGAGCCAAUCGGGCUGUCCACUCCACGAAGCGCCGCCUUACGAUGCCACGGCAACCAGGAAGGGGGAAGGGCAAGGCGAGGGGAAGAGCUCAGAGGCCGUUGUCCAAUGGCUGAGCGACUUUCAGCUCCAGGUCUACGCUCCAAACUUCCUGGGCGCUGGGUAUGACUUGCCCACCAUUAGCGGAAUGACCCCAGAGGAUCUGACAGCUAUUGGAAUAACUAAACCAGGUCACAGAAAGAAGAUGACAUCUGAGAUUAACAAACUAGGUGUCACUGAGUGGCUGCCUGAGCAGAAACCUGCCAGUCUAGGAGAGUGGCUGUCUGCGAUUGGUCUAAACCAGUACCACCAGGUGUUGGUGCAGAACGGUUACGAGAAUAUCGAGUUCAUCACUGACAUCACCUGGGAGGACCUGCAGGAAAUAGGCAUCAUCAAACUGGGCCACCAGAAGAAGCUGAUGCUGGCGGUGAAGCGACUGGCUGAAAUGCAGCGCAGUUUAGAUGGGCGGGGCUCCCUCAGAAAGAAGCCCCCGCCAAUCACACAGCAGCAGGACGUCAUGUCAAUGGACAGCCCACCUCCAGAUGAGGUCAUGUCUCCAAAGAUGAGCACUUUCCAGGACAGCGAGUUGAGCACCGAGCUACAGAGUGCCAUGACGCAGCCGGGUCAGGAGGUCAAAGCUCAGCGAACACGCAGCAAAGACCAUGAUGAGGUGAUGACAGGAGGAGGAGGAGGAGGAGGAGGAGGAGGAGGUGGUGGUGCUGGGCCACCUAAGAAGGAGGCGCGGACUAUGAGGCAGCAGAGCAGCCAGGGAAGCACCUCCUCUCACAGAGGCAGUGUCUCCUCUCAAGGCAAACACCGUCACUCCCACUCCCAUUCCCAGCCUGCGCCUCCCUACACGCCCCCUCACACCCCUACCAAGACUAGAAACUCAUCUUCCUCCUCCGCCUCCUCCGUCCAGAGCACAGCUUCCCCGCAGGCCAAACACAAGCCGUCCCCCCAGUUCAUUCAGGGGGAGAGACCUCAGUCGCCGCGCUCCCAGCCCCCUCAGUCUCCAACCCAACGUGGGCCUCCGUGUAACCAGCUUCCGCCCCAGCAACAACAGCAGCCUCAAGUCCAGCCGCAGCACCAGGCGCACCCUCAGCACCCUCAGCACCAUCCACAGGCGCAGGUGAUGGAGGUUAGGGAGAACCAACAACAACAGGUCCCACUCCUCUGCCUCCCACCAGAGGCUGAGCUGGCUGAGGGAGAAGGAGAGGAGUCGCUCCAGAAGAAACGCGCCCACAGCCUCAACCGACACGCCGUCUCAGAUGGUGAGUGUGACGAGAGGGCAGGAGGAGGUGGAGGGCGAGAGGGAGGAGGAGAGGGAGAAGCAGAGGUGUCGGGAGGUCAGGGCUCUGCCGUCGUCAGAGGGGAUGGAGUUAAAUACGCCACAGUGACCCAUCGCGUCAGCCGCAGCCACUCUGUACGCAACCAGGACAAGAGCGCCAACCGCAACCAGACGCUUGCUUUGCGUCAGAAGAAGAAAGGUCCACCCCCACCGCCGCCCAAACGCUCCAGCUCGGCCAUCUCCACCUCCAACUCCAACCUGACAGAAGCCAACGCACAGCCCUCCACGCACACCACCACGGGGGGGAUGCUGGACGUGCCUUACCACCAACAGCGCCGGGCCAGCGACCUGGGGGUGUCUGUGGAGACAGUUGCUGUGGAGACAAGCAGCGUGGGCAGUGUGAGGAGCAUCGCCGCCAUGUUGGAAAUGUCUUCCAUAGGAGGUGGAGCCAAAGGCAUGGCACUACAGAAGAACUUCCUGCAGGUGGGGAAAACACGUGAUGCCAUUGGACUGGAUGGUGAAGUGGUGAACCGACGGCGGACCAUCAGUGGCCCAGUCACUGAGCUAGUGGCGGCUGCCAGGCGUGAACAACCAACUCCCUCUCAUUUCCCCUCUCCCUCUGUCCAGCCUGAUACCUCCCCUCCCCCGGUAAAUUCCUCCUCCCCCAACCCUCCGUCCUCCUCCCACCCCAGCUCCGGAGGCAGUGGCAGUUCAUCAGAGAACCUGCCAUUUGCAGAUGAGGGAAGCCUGACCAUCCGCCGCCAGGGUCGAGGAGAAGGAGAAGGACAGUGUGUAUUUUGUGUUUGUCUGCAGGGUGACGGCGAGGGUCCCCAGGGAGACGGGGGUUACACGCAGGAGGACAUCUCCAGGGUCGAGGCCACCACGACCUUAAAGCGACGGCCCCGCAGCUCCAAGCCCCACCCCAACGGCUCCGACUUCACCCUCCAGGAGUCGUCCACCGUCAAACGGCGGCCCAAGAGCCGCGACAAGGAGCCCGAGGGGUACGCAGACCUGGCCGCUAAUGGAGAGCCUGUGGGGGCCGGGCAGCUGAACACCACGCAGCCGGUACCCUACCAGAACGGCACGGCCACGGUGAAACGCCACCCGAUGUCUGAUACCGGAGUGACAGAGCAGCCCCAACCGCAACCUCAACCUCAGCCACAAGUGACUGCUGCGCUCCGCAGGGACAGUCUGGACCAAGGAGUUCCAGUUGCCAAUGAAGGAGGUCCCGUGAGAAAACCAAAGCCUCCAGUCUCCCCGAAGCCUGUUGUGGCACAGAUAAAGAGACAGGGAGGACCACAGACACCCCCACAGCCUGUCUCCAACAAGAGAGUCCCCCUGCCUGGCCCUGGGACGCCUGGAAGCCCAGUGGAAGGAAAGAAGGUCCCUCCACCUGUCUCGCCUAAACCGGCACCCCCACCUACGGCACCCAAACCGGCUAAGCUCAUCCACUCCAUGACCAGCCCCCCCACCCCGAGCCCAGCCCCAACCCCUGGCCCGGUCAAGCAGCACCCCGCAGUGGCCCGACAGACCAGCUCACCCCCCUACUUCCCCCCUUCCAACAUCCCUAGCCCGCCAAACGCCAAGCCGCUGAGCUCAUCUCCCCAGAGCCCCCACACCCCCCAGACUCCUACUACACCACAGACGCCCCAGACUCCCGCCACUCCCAGCCCAACCCCGCCACCUGUCAAGCCCCCUCGCUCCUCCAUCGGGGGUGUGUCGGUGGACAGCGGGAUGGCGGGAGGCGGGGUCACGGCGCCGGCCGCUACUACGCCGGACUUCGCCGUGGAUUCAUUGGUGCAUCAGAAGCUGGAAGAGACAAGUGCGUCGCUGGCUGCGGCUUUGCAGGCCGUGGAGGAUAAGAUACUGCGGCAGGAGGACUCUGUGGAUGAGCAGAAGACCACGGUUAGCAUCCUCGACGACAUCGGCAGCAUGUUCGAUGACCUGGCCGACCAGCUGGACGCUAUGUUGGAGUAACCAUAGAAACCAGUCAGCGUGUCUCCACGGCAACGCUUGCAUCAGGAGUGACUCAGAUGGCACAACCGGCAAUAUGCCUCUCUCUCUCUCUCUCUCUCUCUCUCCCUCUCUUCAUCCUUCUCUCUCUCGUUGUGCUCGUCCCCUUCCCUCUCACUCUUCCUGUCGUCCAUCCGUCGCUGCUCUGGAAAUCCUCUUUUCUCCUCCUCCUCCUCUUCCUCUCAUCUCCUGUCGCUGACGAUGAAAACGGUGAUGGAGCAGCGGCACAGGCCCGGACAGACAUGUGGCAGAGAGAGUGUAAGAAUGAAGAAUGGAUAAAGAGAGAGACACUAAAAGAGAGAAAAAAGGACCAGAAACAACUGAAUCGGAGAGAAAAAAAAAAAAAAAUCACAAGC